AUGAACGCCACACGCCAACAUCAACCCCGCUGUCGUCAGUGCUUCUGCGAGCCUGUAAAGAGGAGGCUGCUGACAUCUUUUACUGUGCCAAGGCCCCGGUCGGCUCCUCUGGCAGACAUAUUCGAGCUGCAGGUACCAGGAACUUCCUCUGAGCGGCUGCUUUAUGACCUCCAGGUUCACCCCGGUCCAAGUGCCACGGUGGACGGUAUAAUCGUAUGUGAACUCUGCGACGAAUUAGGCCCCAGAACACCAGGACCUCACAGUACCAGGAAUCUCCAACACCAGGACCUCACAGUACCAGGAAUCUGCAACACCAGGACCUCAGAGUACCAGGAAUCUGCAACACCAGGACCUCACAGUACCAGGAAUCUGCAACACCAGGACCUCAGAGCACCAGGACCUCAGAGUGCCAGGAAUCUACAACACCAGGACCUCAGAGCACCAGGAAUCUAG